AUACCCUUGUCAAUGAGAACCAGAAAUCGUUUCCCUCGGUACUAGUUGGCGAAUACAUGCCUCUGUCCAUUCGACUUGUGUAUGCGCUUUCCGCAUUACACUCUACACCUUAGGGUUUUCGGACCGGUCGCCGCAGCUACUACCCCUUGUGGUUUCACGGGUUUCUCGAGCAAUACCCAUCUCCAUGCUACAUAUAUCUAUCCCUAUUUUCCCGAUUCCUCUGAGAAUGUGCGUAGGAGAAAUUUUGCAUUAGUCCCCAUUUCCCACCCACCAAUACAUAUUCCUUUUAUGGCGUUGCUCUGUCCAACAGCGCUUAUGAGCCGAAGAGGUAGAGCUCAGCUUGAAGCCAAGUAGUGGGGCUGAAAUUGAGUGCAUUACCUGCUUCAAGCAGAUAGUAUAGAACAUAGAUAAUUAAAGUAUUUAGCAACACUGUUAUGCUGCUUCGCCUG